GUUAGAUCCGCGCGGCGACCACCCGAGUCCGAUGCCGAUCGACAGUUCAUCCGCUGCUGCGUUGCGCGAACUUACGGCAAGUACUAGUGCAACAAGCAGUGCACAAGCGCAGAAGCGGCAGUACGACCUGAGACUGAUCCUCCCAUUGUCCGAGGAGAUUUUCGACCCGGCAAACAUCCAGUCGAUCAUAACCGCGUUCACUUCUGCCGGCAACAACUCCCCCUUCUACGGAAAGUUCGCCACAGAAAUCUCCACCAACUUCCUCCCGCCGAAGCAACUGGCGGAUGGGUCGACCAAGCCCGUGUUCGCUUCCACGAGCACAAAUGAUGUGAUCAACGUUUUGCUCCCAACCGCGUCUUCCUCCUCCGCGGAUUUGUCUGGGAUUACUGUUUCCGCAGAUGUGCCCGCGCAAUUUGGCAUCAGCUACUUGCAGGUGAAGCUCGGCUUGAUUUCCGAGCAAGGGAUCCCGGCAGUCGCGUUGCAGAAGGCGUUUUUAUUGGCGUGCAAAUCGGAACUAGUAGAAAACAUCAUGUUUCCGAACAACUACAAGAUCGAUCAAGUCUCCGUGACCCACAUCGGCCAGUCCGCGGCGGAGAACAAGAAGGUGCAAGACUUGUAUUCUGCAGUUCUCUACAUCAUAUGAGAGUGCACAACUCCCCCUCCUCCUCAUUUGUCAUGCAAAAUCCCAAAUCCAUAUCCAGCUGCUGCCUUGUAGCACUGUUUGCAUGACAAAUUCUGGAAGCCCAAACAGUACUACACUGGGCACAUAGAUUUGUCAUGCAUAGGCUCCAUGUGCGCUGGUGUUUGUAUUGCUGUUCAUGCCAUACAAAUGGGGGCGAGGGGGAGUUGGGCACUGUCAUACCUCACCGGAGCGUCCCACAACGAGAUUGGGCGGAUCCAGAGUCUGUUCGUCCCGAUGGUGGUUAUGAAAGUGCACAACUCCCCCUCCCCCUCAUUUGUCAUGCAAAAUGCCUAAGUUACGCCGGGGUUCUUGGCAAUGUUUGCAUGACAAGUUCUAGCAGCCCAAAUAGCACUACAAUCCUGCCCAAACUUGUCAUGCAAAACCGGUAAUCUUGCUGAUGCUUGUAUUGUUGUUCAUGCAAUACAAAUGAGGGGGAGGGGGAGUUGUGCACUUUCAUGGUGGUGAAGGGAAAAACGGAAGACGCGGCAAGUGAUGGCCUCGCGAAGCAGUUUUUACUGAAGAUUGGGGAGAAUCUGGCGGAUGAGCUGCAGAUCACAGACAGUGCGAAAUAUCCUCAGACCUUCACCGCUGACUUCGCCGAUCCGGUCGCCCAGUCGAUCGCGAAGAUUGAGUUACAAAACGCUUUACCACCACCCCCACACGACGCCGAAAAAUGCGGCUACGACCCGAACCCCUCGAUUCUUCCGGGCAAGUGGUUCCUCUACAUGUACAAGCACGGACAGAAUAAAGCGGCCAACGGCUGGAAUGACAUGCGGUUUGGGAAAAACGUUAAUGGGUUAAAUUCCCUCUGCCCGCACCCGACAAGUGGGAAUGCGAAAAUGUCGGAAGCGUUAUUCGACGCGUCCUGCUUCACGGAGCUCCUCGCGGUCGGUGGCACCGGCGCGUGGGCGAAAAUCUGGCGCAAGGACGGGGCUUGUAUCCCCGCGAAAGACGCGUUUGGCGAGGGAGAGAAGCGGACGAACGGCUUCUACAGCAUUGAGUUUUCCACGGGCUACAAGGGCGACGCGAUUGUGAAGAACUUGUACCACGGACCCUUGUUCAAUGACAUCAAUACGGGCUCCAUGUGGAUGUGGCGUUGCAACAGCAAGAACGCCGACGGAAGCAGCUGCGCGCAGUACGACAGUGGCAGUGUGCUUGGGAGCCAAUACGACAACAGCCCGGGUUCCUGGGGCACGCUGUUGACUUCCCUCCCCGGGCGGUAUGCCCCGGGGGGCGAAAAGGGGAGAGGGACUGACGGG